UCACUUCCGUUUCGGCCUUUCAGCCCUUCCGUACCGGCGGCUCCGCGUGCGGCGCGUUCGGCUGCCCCUCCCUCUGUGUCGCGAUAAUGUCGCGAUUCUUCACCACCGGCUCCGACUCCGAGUCCGAGUCCUCAGCGUCGGGAGAUGAAACCGCGCCCAAAGCGCCGGGGGGACCCUACAGCAAGCCGCUGCUGCUCAGUGAGGAUGAGGAGGACACCAAGCGCGUGGUGAGGAGCGCCCGCGACAAGAGGUACGAAGAGCUGACCAACCUGAUCCGCUCCAUCCGCAAUGCCAUGAAGAUCCGCGACGUCAGCCGCUGCCUCGAGGAGUUUGAGCUGCUGGGCCGUGCCUGGACCAAGGCCAAGGGCGUCGUGGACAGGGAUGGAGUUCCCAGGUUCUACCUCAGGAUCCUGGCUGACCUCGAGGAUUAUCUCAAUGAGGUUUGGAGAAAAACACAAAAUUCAGGAUAUUUAGGAAUUUGGGGAAUUUUUCCAGAUUUUUUGGG